GUACACACCGGCGGCUCGUGCGCACACGGACACAUACCAAAGCAAGGAAUUAACAAAACGCAUCCUUCACAGACAGUGGGGUCUUCUUCUUUUCGUGUGACGGUGCAGUGGCCUUGCGGCGAUCAAGACACAAAAACGCGGUACCGAGCUGAUUCUUGCGGUUUAUCAACAUCCAACUGUAAACAUAUAUAUAUAUAUAUAUAUAUAUAUAGUAUUCCUUAAAAAGAGCAGUGUGAGGGCGAGAAAGGGGUUAGUAGUUCCACGAUGCAGUGCGCACUGCUACGGCCGACCCCGCUGCUGCGGGCCUACCACUACGUUCACCCCAAGACCGGGCGUCCCAUUCGGCAGUACCGCAAGUACGGUGACCCGCGCUACAUCAACAACGAGGCCGCCCUCAUUCACGGCCUCUUCGCCCUCAUCACCACCGACUUCGGUAUGGUGACCCAGUCGCAGCUGGAGAACGCCCGCCUCGCUAUCCUGCGCCGCAUGCCGCGUGGGUCCUUCGCGCUCACGAUGCACACCGACUACGAGGAGUUCCCCGUCAUGAAGAAAAGCCCAGAGUCGCGCAUGGGGGCGGGUAAGAGCAACAUCCACCACUUCGCCUACAAGUUCACCACCGGCGUGCCGCUUUUCGAAAUUACGGCGCUGACGUCGCGACGGCUGAAUCAGGCGGAGGCGGAAGGUAUUUUCUUAGCGGGGCGGCCGUUUAUUCCGCUCCAGACGGCGGUGGUACCUCGCGGGCGUGUAGAUGAGUACCACGUCUUUCAAUAG